GAAUUUCUCUGCGAUUCUACAUUUUUUAGGAUACUACAGAUGGAGAGGGAGUGCUUGGAGUCUUUAAAGUCCUUCCACGUCUUUGUAGGAGUUUAUCCUAUGAUCCUUUGUGACAAUACUAAUCGACACUAUAGUAAUCUAUAACCAAGGAAUGCACCAGUGGAAUGUUCUCUGCAAAUGGUCAGGAGAGCCGCCUCUAUACAUGUCAGUUCUAGAUGAUAUCAUGAAAUCAAGAAAAGGGAAUGCGGUAUUUCUAUUCGGUUGGACAUCACGUUGAGAGACACGUACAUUCGCAAAAACCGUGUUUAACACAGCAUGGGUAACAUGUUGGACCGAAGCCACUGACAUCAAACUGUACAUAAUCCAAUGUACGAAUACCGUACCUGCUACUUGGAACACAGUCAUCUAGUAAAAAAAAGAGGAUUGUUCACUCUAGCUCCUAUAUAUACGUUGAUCAGAAGGUAUUCCUGCAGAGAUGGGUUCAUCACGGUUCAGAUUCAUCACGUUCAUCCUGGUUUUCAUCUCUGGUGCUAUAUCAAUGUGGUGUGCUUUGACCGUCAUAACACAGCACAUGUUGAUUUAUCAAAGACAUCAUCAAUCACGUACCGAAACUGGAAUUUCUAGAGAGAUUUUGGCAGGUGUGACACAACAGGGACGGCUGAAUAAAACCCGCUUGCUUUGCUGGAUCAUGACUUCACCCAUGACGUUAGAAACCAAAGCCUCCACGAUUGCUAGGACAUGGUCAAAGAAAUGUCAUCACACGCUAUACAUGAGUUCUCGAAAUAGUACAAAUUUUCCCGGCACCGUCAUUGGGCUAGAAGUAGCGGAUGGGCGACCUGCCCUCUGGAACAAGACGAGAAAGUCCUUAGAGUACAUUUACAAACACCAUUUCAACGAUGCUGAUUGGUUUCUCAAAGCCGAUGAUGACACCUACGUUGUCGUCGAGAACUUGAUGGCGUUUUUAUCCAACCGAGAUCCAGCUGAACCGGUCUAUUAUGGGUUUGAUUUUAAUACGACAUUGCCAUAUCUCAAAUCCAAAUCGAAGAAGAUAGAUUAUCCCAGCGGUGGAGCUGGGUAUGUGAUCAGCAGAGAGGCACUCAAGCGCUUUGUGGAGGUAGGACUCAAGAAUCGGACAGGGUGUUGUCCAGGUGGUUACAGUGACUGGCCGGAAGACAUGUGCUUGGGAUUGUGUAUGGAAAGCGUUGGGGUUCGUUCAGAAGAUCAUCGCGAUCAGUUUGGACGGUUUCGCUUCCUGCCGAUAGCACUUAAGUAUUUCUUGGAUGAUGGUUCAGCGCCUCUUGAAUGGUUACACGGUCAGUCUACGUACGGCAUCACAAGGGGGAAAUAUUGCUGCUCGGAAUCACUCAUUAGUAUCCACUAUGUCAAACCGGGGGAUAUGCUGGUCUACGACUUCCUUUUGAAUAAUGUUACUAUAGGUGUUCUCGACGAAUAAACAAGUCACGUGGCUUGAUGCGUCCCUUGCGUUUCAAAAGAAAGUCUGACGAACAGAAUAAAAUACAAGAAUUUUAAAAAGGUCAUAUUAUAAUCGCCCCUCACUCAGCCGGAUGCCAAGACCAUUUACGUAUUCUGGAUUUCUGAAAGAUACCCCCUUUAAGGAUGGGUUUGACCCCCCUAUUAGAGGCUUUUGGAUUUGAAGACAUCAAAGUUAAACCAUAUCACACACUCUUAAAAUAGUUGGGCAAAAAAUGCCCAACUUUUAACAAGCCCUGGGCAACAGUCUGUCCACACAACUAUAAUCUGUCCAAAUUGGGUAAUAAAAACUAAUAAUAGGGUAAUAAAUUCGCUCAAUUGGAUAAUAAUUGCCCAUAUUACCAACAAACAUACAUUACCCAACACAGUGGACAGUACAUGUUGCUCAACAUUUUAAGUGUGCAGGCUUUUUGAAAGGACACCAGAAAAAUCAUUAGCGGGAGUUGGACAGAUACCUUGCAAAAUUACCUUCCAAUUCUCAAGAUUCUUCCGGGCAGUUAUGAAAACUACACUUAAUUAAGGAUUAUUUCUUAUUUUUGAGUAUAUAAAUAAAAAUGCAUAUUGGUGUUUAUCCGAAUAAUGUGUACUAACAAGUACAAAACGUACGUUCAUAAAUUUUCAAUAUUGUGGUCGUAAUCAUCCAUGGUUUUUUAUCUGUGCUUUGGGCAAUGAAACCACCAAUAUUUGACAAGUAGUGAUAUUUGAACAACCACUCCCUUGGGAUAAUCUGCAAUAAUUGUUUAUGCUUAGUGUACAUAACUUUAAAAAAAUACAUAUAAGUACUGUGGCUGAUUAUUUAUCUUUCACGUAUUCCUGUUAAAGAUAUAAAUGUAUUAUAGCCUAGCUUCCAUGCAUAAUGUAUCAAUCACUUCUAUCAUAUACUACAUUGGCUUAUCUUAAUCUCUAUAAUUUUUCACAAUAACUUUCACGUACUCUGUUAAUUUCUUUUAUUUGAUUGUGAUCACUAUUAAUAAACGUCAAAUCAAUCUCUACAUCGUAAAAAUCAGUCUUUUCAAUAUGGAUACAUGUAACAAUUAAAACAUAGUUAUAUGAAUGGAAUGGUAUGAUGGACAUCAGGGUCCCAUCUUACAAAGAGUUACAAUUGAUUUGAUCAAUCACAACUAUAUGGAAAUGCAUCAUUGCCAUAAGUUUUCCCACCUGAAAUUUGCAGUGUCCCUUGUAAACAAAG